UUGAAGAAGAUUGAACCUUGAUUAGCGUUUGUGAACCCUGGAGAGUGGACAUUUCUGUUAUGCCUACUUAACAGAAUUUAUGAUUAUUCUCUCUGUUUCUUAUCAUGAAAUUCAAGUUUGUACAUUCAUUGAUGGAAACUUUUUAUGGGUCUAGGCCCUACCUUGUAGCUUUCUAGAUAAUUUGCCUUCUUCUGUAACCGGAUGCUCUGUAAAUGUUCUUUAUUCACAUAUCAUCCAAAGAUUGAUAAUUAUGUUGCAAAUCUUCAACAGUUCAUUUCUUAGUUUUAUUGUAUUUUGUAUGGUACAAUAACCUUGAAAUAACAAUCUUCUGGAUGCUAGCCUUAAUAGCUAUGCUUCUCUGAAGUAUAUUUUCAUGAUUUGAGUUGAUAUGAAACAUCUUUACUAGCAUUUCCAGUUCGAUUAACAGUAAUGCAUUCAACCUUAGCAAGUUUGAAAAGGCAACAUGGUUUGCUUUAAACCAAAAGGAUGAAAACACAGUUGCUUUUAGGACUCAGUUUAUAAUUAUGUUGCCAUCUCAUACAUUAAAGGGGUUUUGCUGCACUUCGUAUAGUUUCAUUCCAAUCAAAAAAUAAUUGAAAUAAUAUAGGGGUAAAGUUCCCAAUACAGUUUAGGUGGCAAGAGCAGAAGACGGUCCUUUCUAUAAAAACUAAUAAAACUAUGGGGAUAAAACUCAAUGCUGGCUGAUUGACAGCACUUAGUUUCUUUGUUACUGUCUGGCCUAUGGUUUAAAUCAAAAUUUUGAGCACUCAGCAUAAUCUUCGGCAGCAGCAACAACACCGUUACUGAAAGCAAGGCUUCGAACAAUAAUGGCGAAGUAUCAUGUCCUUGACGGCGUUGAGACAUUAAGUGCAAACUUUGCCAAAUUCAUCGAAGAUCUUUCUAGGACUUCAAUCUCAGAUCAUGGGUACUUUGCCAUUGGACUCUCCGGAGGAAGCUCAGCAAAUAUCGUUGGGAACGCUCUUUCAAACACAAACUUAGAAUGGGCAAAGUGGCAUGUAUUUUUCUGCGACGAAAGAUUUGUCAAGUUGUCAGAUACAGACAGCAACUACAAUAGUUUAAAGGCUAGCCUCUUUGAUAAGGUCCCAAUACCUAGGGAUCAGAUAUACACAAUAAACACUGAAACUGGAAUUGAGGAAGCUGCCAUUGACUACUCAAAAAAGCUUCAAUCACUUUUUGGUGACAUCAAGCUUCCAAAAUUUGAUUUACUUGUCCUAGGAAUGGGGCCUGAUGGACACAUAUGCUCACUGUUUCCAAACCAUCCUUUGCUAGAUGAAAAAGAUAAAUGGGUAGCUUUUGUAGCUGAUUCCCCAAAGCCUCCACCUAAAAGAAUAACAUUGACACUGCCUGUAUUGAAUAAUGCGAAGGCUGUCUGCUUUACUGUUACUGGUGGAAGCAAAGCAGAGAUGGUAAAAAAUGUUCAGCAGAGACCACUGGAUAAAAACAUCCCAGCAUCAAUGGUUCAAAAUUCACAAGGAGAAGUUCAUUGGUUUAUGGACAAGGAUGCAGCCAAACUUCUCUCUUGAGCAAUGCAGUUGUAUUAUUUGCUUUCAACAACAAUAGCACAUUUUACAUGACUUGGCGCACAAGUGUUUAACACUGAAGAGUAAGCUGUUCUUUUCGUGGUUACAAAUUUUAAACCAAACAGGAGCAUUUCAGUCUUGGCAACUUGUCUGGUAACAAGUACAACACAAUGCGCAAAACCUUUAAACACUAAUAAAGAUAUUGUUUAUGAAUAUUUUGAUAAAAAAUUCUCCUUGAAGUCUCCUUGAAGUAUUGUUUCUAUAUCAUUGUUCCAAUCAAGUGUUUCUAUAAUAUUAUUUUCUAUAUUUAUUCACACAUGUAAUUUUUCAUUGUUGCAAAUCCUUAUCAACCAGCUGUUUUGUUGAAUUUUUUAUGUUUAAAAUUUCUUAAAGUUAACAAAACCAAAUUAUUUGUCUUUCAUAUAUUAAACCUUUACAGUAAACUUUUUUGAAAAGAGAGAAUUGAAGUAAAUAGAUCAUCAACAGCAAAAAUAGUAACAAGAUUUAUAUCUUUUCACUCUCAACGUAUCAUUAGCUCUUUAAAAAUAGGCAAAAUAAAUAAAUAUUUGGCAAUAAACUUUAUACAAAUAAACACACAUUUAUGCAACAAAACAUUCAAAUCAACCUUUAAAACAUGUUUCUUUUUGAAGAUAAACUAACAAAGCUGUGAGAAGGUGCUCACACCUCUCAGGCCAGGGCAUAUUAAAAUUAAGUUCUUUGGAUAAAGUACUUUGGUUUUUAAUGAAGCUCUUAAAACUGGAUUAAAUACAGUGAAACACUGCAAACCACACCAUCCUUUUUAUAGUGCUGUUAUAGUUCAUUUGACAUCCUAUUUAUGCAUAUGUUCCUUUAGUUAUUCCACAGAACAGCCACAUUGAGAAUAUCAUGCCAAGGACCUAAAAAUAGAUUUUCAUGACACAUUUGUGUUUGUAUUUGAUAAGGAUAUGUGCUUCUUAAAGGCAUUGAGCCAUGGUAAAUAGGAAUCCUUUGCAGGGGGUCCUGAACUUUCUUUGUGAUCAUCGUAGUAAUAGUGUGAUUUUGGUAGCCAUUGUUUAGAAUGGAUCGUUGACCUUACUUCUUUUCAAAAUCAGUAACAAGCAACUUUCUGUGAUCAGAUCUCGAUCUAAGAUUCACCAAAAGCAAUGGAGCUUUGUUGACUGGAUUGAAUUUGGGUAUAACCUCUCCUUUUAUCAUGACUCAAUUUCUUUAAGUUAAGGUACAUAAACAAACAGUUAAGGUAUGCUGUAAGCAGUUAUCCAUUGCAUGGUAAAGUUAAUUAGAGCUCAAGACUGUAUAUCUAUUUAAUGAGAAGAAGCAUAGAGAUUGACUUAAAAUAUGAAGCUUAAGGAAAUUAGGAUGACUGAAAUUUCUCCACUUUCUUGACAAUUAAAUUAAAAUGAAUAUUAACAAACCUGAAUUACACUGAAGGCAAGUCCGAUAACACCUAUUACAAGAAGAUGCUCCAACAGAAACUUGCUGAUUUCCUUGUAGCAACCCUGAAAAAUAAAAAAAACUGUUAGAUUUUCAACGCUGUUUUGAUGUUGUCUAGAAUUAUUGAUUAUAGGGAACAUUGCAAUAUAGAUUCAUUAACAAUAUAAGAUUAGUUGUAAUAGAAAAAAGACACCAUUUUCAGUUUUGGUAAUUACUGUACCAUUCUACUGCAAUUAAAUCAAUAAUAACAAAGAGAUUAAAAAGGUAUUUUGGUAAACCACCGUUUUACUAACUGAGUGUAUAUGCUUACAAAAAUUUUCAAGAUAGAAUAAAGAAGAAGCAUAUUUUGAGUCAGUUACAGGAGAAAGGAAAAUCAGUAUACCUUUGUAUAGACAUUAUUGGGAUCUUUUCCACAGUCGUUAUUGUUUUGCUGUUCUUCAACACAACAGCUCUUAGGUGGGUAACCCUUUUGAAACUUGGAGUUGGCCCAAUCAUUCCAAUUUAAAUUUCCACAGCAUUUGAAAUAUGUCUGCAUCUUAUCAAUUGCCUCAGUUGUUCCAGGUUCAUCACCAUAUUUCUCACUUAUCAUCAGACUUAAAUCUUUCCUAACCUCUCUUUCAAUCUAUUUGUGAAAAUGUAAACAUGUUAAUUACAAAUAAAAAUCAAGAUCAAGAGAUAAUUGGUACUAAGGAGCAUUGAGAAAAGUAGGGGUCUAAAAAGUAGGGGAGGGCUAAAGCAGAACAAUAAGGAUUGCCUAGUGAUCCAUUGGUUAACCCCCCCCCCCCCCUAGCAGUGAUAAAGCCCCUUGCUCCAUGUUGCCUGGAUAAUUGACAAAUCAAAGUUUUCCCAAGUCAGGAUAAGGUGACCUUAUGACAAUGUAGCUCAAAAUUUUUAUGGAUGAGAGCACAUUUAUCUUUAAUGCUUGAUUGAUGCAAAUUUUAAAAUCUUUUAUUUAACAAAAGAUUCUUUUAGACAGCUGUCUAUAGCGGACAGAAAGCAGGAGAGCAAAGGAAAAUCUAUGUCCAAAUAAUAAAAUGACAAAACAAUAAGGCUGCCUCGACAUGAGAACGAUUCCAAAUGGACCUUUUUUCUAAGUGAUCCCCUUUUGGUACAGCUAGCAGUUCCAUUUGGAACGGUUCCGACAGGUACCGUGUAAACAGAAAGUUGAACUGUGCUCAUUUAAUGGAACUGGUCUCGUAGAAAUGCCAGGUGCAGAUCUAUAUGUUUCUCUGUAAAGUUUGAAUUUUUUAUCUAAUAUUCAAUUGCAACAAUUGGUGCCUUUCUCCCGGACUGAAUAUAGUUCUUCUGUUUACAUACUAAACUCAUCUUCUAUCCCAAAGUAUGUGAGGAAUUAAAAAUCAAGAAAUCAGUCGCCACUCAAAGUGACAGUUUAGAGAAUGCUAUCUAUGCACCAUUAUUGAAACCAGUGGAUAAUUGUUUUCUGAAAACCUGUGAAAACCGGUGCCCAUAUGCAAAAAACCGGUAGCUAAAAAGCUUUAAAAGAAAAUGAUACAAAAUGAAAUACAGAUUCAAACAAGAAUCUGAGGUUUUGUAUUGCGCGACUAGAAUUUAUUUCUCGAAAAAAUUAAUGAAAAUUAGAAUCACAGUUGCAAGAAGAGGAUCAAAGGCCAUACUGAAGGGAGUAAAAUUGUGAUAUUUCAGAUAAAGUGGGGGCAAAUUAAUCACAUUUUAUUAACUUCAUUAGCAACUUUUAGCAAUAUUUAUGGACCAAUAACAUAAAGGCUGUCAGGGGGUAAAGCAUCCCAAAACAGGUCAAAAUUUUGGCUAGAUACUGCCUGAAACGCUGCCUAAGGGAACAAUCAUAAUGCAUUCACUAAAAUUGCAAAUUACUAAAAAAUUUUCUCUUGCCAGCAAGAUAAAAGACAUUUACACUGUGUACCGCACAAUUGCCCAAUAUAUAUCCUUAAAAAAACAGUCUUUUGAUGAAAAAGGUUAGCAACUUCUUUGUACUUACUUUCCCUUUGUUUGCAUAAGCAAGCCCUCCUGCAGAGAUUUCCAAGCAAAAGAUCAACAGGAGGAAAAUGAAGAACUAUAGUAGAAAAAACAAAAAAAGGUUUGAGAAAACUAUACUGUCACUUUACAUUGUGCUUACUCAAACUGCAUUAAUUUGAAGUUGUUUCAUGAAAGAUUUUGAAAAAGUACCAGCUAAUAAAUAUAUAUAUACACUUCAGGCCUGGCCAUUUGAGGAGAGCCAUAGCUCUUGCUCCCCUCCAGGCUCUCCUCAAAUGCUGGAGGGGAGCUAGAGAUUGCCCUCCUAAAUUGAUCUAAAAAGCAAAUUUGGUCUCCUUGAACUAAAUUUUCCCUUUGUUUCUAUUCUUAUAGCUCACCUGAAUACUACUAGGAGAGCUGUUUACUGCUCCCCUGUUAAAAGUCUUACGGCCAGACCUGCACUUGCGUUAAAAAAGUAUUGGGACACACUUCGAAAUUUGGCAUUUUAGGCAACAAAUUUGGAUAGACUCUUUUAAAAUCUUUCUCAUUAAAUAAGUACAACAGCUAUUUCCAUGAAACUUUCACAAGACAUUGUUAAUGUUUCGAAGCAUUUUAUGCAGCCAAACAAUUGAAAAAACGUUGACCAUAAAAUUUCUAUAGGCCUUGAGACGAAAACCUGGAGGCUCUCGAAAUUCAAGAACUAAGAGAAGCGCUUACAAAUUGCUUUCUACUAAAAUAAAGCAAAUGGAUUUUGUGAAAUUGCAUCAAUUGUGGGCUGCUCAAUGAGUGCAGCUUUUCUGGUGUGUAAAAAGAUUUUCUGUACAAGAUCAGUAAAAAAUUUGCCAAGGGAUGGCAGAACAAAGGAGUUUCUGACGCCAUGGGACAAAAGGUCUUUACUGAGGGAACUGCAAAGUAAUGGGUUUGAAUCCUUGUUAGAAAUUAUGUUGUUAUGUUAAAAGAAGCUAAAUAUUGGAACAUAAACAAAAACAUGGCUAUAAAAUUAUGAAAAAUACCAAUUUUCCAGCUUUAUAGGAAGAAAAUGCUCUCUCAUAACAAAAAUUGAACAUCACCAACAAAUACAAUGGCUUCUCUUUGAAUGUUACACAGUUUUAAAAGUGACUUGAGUAAAAAUGCAAUAAUUUAAUAAAAUUGUAAUGUUUUUGUUGAUGUAAAAUUUUGAUUUUGUUAUUUCUUUUAUAAAUUUCCUUGUUAUGCAGACGUGAAAUUAAAAAGUUGAAUUUGUUUGGACAUCUCUAAAAUUUAGUGAAGUUUAUGUGACUUUGCCGUUAUUAGGCCAUUCAAUCCUUCUGCAUAUUUUGUUGUUAUAUUCAGGAAAAUCUUAAGAAUCCUAUGUUUUCAGGGUUAUACUCUAUAAGUUGAAGCAUUUUCUUAACUUGUUAUUCCUCUUUGGGGAUACGUAGGCCUAGAUUAUUUGGAGAAAGACUGCCCAAAUCUGAAAAAGUUUUCGUUGCAAAAAACCGAAUCCAACGCAACGCCAUAAUUUGUUUAUCAAAUUUGUCCCAAUACUUUUUCAACGUAAGUGUAUAUUUCCAAAUUAAAAAUGAAGUUUAAUAGAACCUUGACAUUCUAUAAAAAUUUUGAGAGAAUAAGGGAUAGGAUAAAGAAUUAAGUCUGUUUGAUUUUGGAUAUUGAAAGAUGUGAUUUGUUUAAUGAAAGUAUGGUUUCAUUUCAAUAUGACAAAAUUAUAAGAUCAUGAAAUGUAUGAAAAUAUAUCUAGAUCUUGAUAUAUCUACAAUCUACCGUUUUAACCAAGAAAACAUAUUUCAAUUAACCUACUCUACUGGACAUAAUAAAUUAUUUACAGUGUCCAAUCAAAUAAAUGAAUAUAUAUAUAUAUAAAACCAAUAUUAAAUGUUGAGUGGUCAUUUGCAUGAAAAUGUUUUCUUACCAUUAGCAGCAUAAUUUUGUUUUCCUUGAUGGACCCGACAACACCAAGGAAUGUCACCACAACAAUGACAACUCCAGCACCAAUUGCAAGGUUAGAUACUGUCGCAAAUUCAUAAUCUGAAAAUGAUGCAUAAUCGCCUUUCUCCACACGAAGCCAUAUUCCAGUGCCAAGUAUUCCAGCUCCACAAAG